CGCGCCGCGUCACUCCGCGCCGAGCCUCCGCGCACGACGCACGUCCGUCGCGACGCCGCAGCACGCGCGCAUUCAUCGAUCAGUGCUUGUGACUAUACUUGUUUAUUUACCUAGUGAAAUGUGCAUUUCUCAUUGUGACCGCCCUUAAAGGGCCCACGGAUUUACAAUCAGUGAUCAAGGAUUUUAACCGAAAGUAAACCACCAGGAGCAUGUUGAAGCACGUGGCGGUGUCGCCGCACCGCGCGCGCGCCGACUCCGUGAGCCUCGCCUCGUCCGGCUCCUGCUGCAGCCUGGGCUCGCUGGACCAGCGCUCCGACCUGGGCCCCCUCGCCGGGAGAACGACAACAAUCAAAGUGUACGCGCGCUGUCUCCGCCCAGACAUCGAGUACAAGACCCUAUCCGUGACCUGGGGCACCCGCGCACGGGAAGUGGUCGGCACUUUGCUUGGCAAGUUCCGCAUGAGGCACCGGGACCCGCGGCUCUUUUACCUCAGCAUGGAGGUGAGCGUGCGCGCCGCCGGGCUGCGCACCGCCCUCGUGCUGGACGACGACGCGCGACCCGCCGCGCUGCAGGCCUGCCAUCCGAAGGGGUACUCUAAGUUCUCCCUGCAGAUGCGUCCGGGCGGGCUGGUCAAGAUCUACGACUCGGCGCUCAUGUCCUCGUCCCAGUACAAGUCUCUGCUCAUCAGCGAGCGCACCUCGGCGGAUGAGCUGAUCGCUAUACUGCUGAAUUGUUACGACUGUCGGGAGGGAGUUGAGAGGUUCUCGCUCUAUGAGGUGUGCGCGUCACAAGAGUACGAGCGGAAGCUGCACCCCGACGACCUCCCGUUGCUGGUGCAGCGCGCGUGGCCGUCCGACACGGACUGCCACUUCCGCGUGCGCCGCAACCCGCGCGCCCCGCCGCCCCCGCCCCGCGCCCUGCCCCCCGCCCCAGGCGACGACCCCGCGCGCGCCCUCUCCGCCCUGUCCCUCGAGGCCGACGACCGCCAGCGCUACAGCCCCGUCUACAAGUUCCCCAGCAUCGGCUACUGCAAGGAGUCCAAAAAUGACUAUCUCUACAUCUGAUGCCCGUGAGGCGACUCCAGUGUAAAAAGUGUAAAUAUGAAUCUUCGUACCUUGAAGGACUUGUGGAGUGAAGCCAAAGAGUCGUUGCAAUAACGUUGGUUACUGUGUAAUGUAAUCGCUGAUUACUUAUCCGAAUCUGACUUAGCUUGUGUUAGGAAGUGACUAUGUUGUACCUACCUGUGUAAUUCUGGGAUCUGUUGUAAAGUGAGGCUGAAGAUUUUCUUCUGCUACUGAAAAUCUAUGUUAACUCUGUAAAAUGUAUGUGGAAGUCCGAUUUGUAAGAAAACACCUGCUGAUAUAUCUAGUCUUUGGAAUUUUCUAUCGAGAAUUAUAAACGAUUAUUUCAUGUAACUUUCAGUUCUCCAAACUUCAUUCAGUUUGUGAAAUAAAGCUAAAUAUUGAGAAAAUGUGUAUAGUAUGAGUAAAUUUUACAGGAAAAUGUAUCAGAGAGUGAAAAGUGGAAAAGUUUGUAUAUAUUUUUAGUAUUAAGUUUUAGCUAGUAGAAACCAAAGAGGCAAGAUACAUGUUUCGAAUUAUUUAUCUGUUAUGUAUUGUAAUGUUUAAAUUAUUUAUGGCCUGGCAAGAGGUGAAUGAUCGAUAUUUUUUAUAGUUCCUUUGAUUUUGUAUGAACUUCUUACAUGCAAUAAAUAUCAUGUCUAGACGUUUGCCGAAAAUGUUAAAUGUCGUCGAAUUUAUUAAAUAAAAGUAUGCCUGAAAUAAACUGUGAACUACAAUUUCGUUUAAA